AUGACGAUUUAUGGUUGGGUGUUCAUGAUCUCCGUUGGGUUCAAUGCCGCUGCAAGUGUAAGAGUGAGCAAUGAGCUUGGCGCCGGCAACCCAAUGUCUGCAUUUUUCUCUAUGUGGGUCAUGAGCAGGCUCUCUGCAACAAUCUCUACCAUCCUUGCUGUUGUGAUCCUCUGCCUCCACAACCACAUCAACUACUUGUUCACAGAUGGUGAAGCAAUUUCGGACGCGGUGGAAGAUCUCUACCCGUUGCUCGCCAUCACACUCGUUCUCGGCGGCAUCCAAUCUGUACUGAAUGGAAACAUCAUUGGAUGUGGAUGGCAACAAUUUGUUGCUUACGUGAAUGUCGACUCUUACUACAUUGUAGGCAUUCCACUUGGUGAUGUUCUCGGGUUUUUCUUCUAUCUUGGUGCAAAGGGCAUUUGGGGUGGCUUGAUUGGGGGAACGACCUUGCAGAUAACCAUUCUACCGUGGGUCACCAUGAGAACUGACUGGACCAAAGAGGUAGAGGAGGCGCAGAAAAGGUUGAAUAAGUGGGACGAGAAGAAAGAGCCCCUCCUUGCAGGGUUCAAGGACAAUGACAAAUAA